ACCUAGGUAGUUAACUACCUAGGUAGUUAUUGUUUUCCUUCUUCGUCCGCUUCUCCGCAAUUCCAACCUCGCACCUCCAGGGACAAAGAAAGAACAGGAACCAGCUUGCACCAUGGCCUCCCUAACCGACUACAUCGACUUCUCCCAGAAGAGUCUACAACUCUCCGCACUGGCCAUUGCGUUCAAUCCGAUCUUUUGGAACGUUGUCGCACGUACAGAGUACCACAAGCGCUACCUGACUCGCAUCUUCGGGAGCCCCUACUAUGGCUGCUACUUUCUCGCAGUCACCAUCUUUAGUCUGGGAAUCCUUCGAGACCACCUGUACAAUGAGGCCUUGAAUGACCAGCCCUACUACGCUCCCCUUCACCAACCACUGCUCGCCUACGUCCUCUUCGGAGUUGGUAACGUCCUGGUCCUGUCCAGUAUGUGGGCACUCGGUGUAACCGGCACCUACCUGGGUGACUACUUCGGGAUUCUGAUGGACGCCCCUGUCACUGGCUUCCCGUUCAACGUCUCCGGAGCUCCCAUGUACUACGGAAGCACACUGAGCUUCCUCGGUGUUGCGUUGUACAAGGGCAAGGUGGCAGGAUUACUUCUGACCGCAGAAGUUCUCAUCCUGUACCUGAUUGCCCUCAGAUGGGAAGACCCCUUCACGGCCGAGAUCUACGCCAAGCGCGAGCGCGAGAGGGCCAAGUCUCGCGGCGGCAAGAGCUCGUAAGCGACCUCUCUUUGUCAAUAUCCUGCGACCCAGUAAUCCCGUCUAGAAAGGCUUGACGAGGGCUUUUCAACAUCAUCUCUCAAAAUUUAAGCCAAUACACAACUGGGACCAAAGCAAAGGAUGGCUCCCAAGAUCCAAGUAUACUGCCUAGUAUAGCUAGCCCACAUCGAUGCGGAGCCCGUUAAGAACGAAAAAAACAACCCCAAUGGCCGAACGCGACAACACAAAUCACGAGUGCAUCUUCAACGAUGGAGUUAAAGAAUUGUGGAUACCCUAUGCGACUUGUAUUUUUGAUCACCAUAUUAUCUCGAUUGCUCUUUUAGAUAAGCAGUACGUACUGUACCUGGAGGGGACGACGGUAGGCCCAGCUGGGGCCUUAUAAAAAGUGUGCUAGUUUGAAUAAUAUUAGUUUAUGGAAUGUUAUUAU